AGUAAAAUACAAAAAAAUAUUCAAUAAAAAUAUAUUUUAACAGUUUUUUGUAAAAAAGUGUUACGAAGAAAAUCUCUCCGGAAGCAAAAUUCUAAGCAGAGAAACUUCGAUUACGAAAACAAGCAAAUUUGAGUUAAAGUCACUUGAGCAGAAAACACGAUAAAAGCAUAAUUAAUCAGUGUAAAUCUCCAAAAAAAAAGCUAAAAACAACAAAUAAAUAUUCUCAGAGAGAUAAAAUUCGAAGCUUUCCUACAAACUCCAGUUAAGCCAGCAAUAAAGUACUAACAAAAAACACUCAAACAGUUGCUAACGUGCCCAAAUAACGGCAAUAAAUCUCAAAAUUAACGAACGAUUGAGUGAUCAAACUAAACUCGCACAAAAGCAUAAUUGAACGACGCAAGCAAGUGGACAAUUAGUCAAAACCCUACAACCUACAUAAUCCCCAUAUUCUCUCCCACCCUUGACUACCCACAGACAACAACAUGCGGCGUCUCAAUGCAUUAGCCACGUUACUCCCACUCCUUCUGCUACUAAGCACACUCAUCACUCUCUGCCGCGCCAUACCGAACGAUGCGUAUAUGAAAAUGAUGGCCGCCGAAACGCCCAACGAUCCUUGCUACGACGACGACAAGGCGCGCCGCUGUAUACCCGAUUUCGUAAAUGCCGCUUUCGGCGCGCCCGUGCAGGCGUCCAGCACAUGUGGACUCGAGCAACCGCAACGCUAUUGCGAACUGAGCGGUGCCGGCACACAAGCCAAUCUACAAGAUCUGUCCUGUCACAUUUGCGAUUACAGCAAUCCGGCGCGCCGUUUUCCCGAAUCCGCGCUAACUGAUUUGAAUAAUUCGAAUAAUGUGACGUGUUGGCGUUCGGCGCCUGUACCGGCGGUGACAAGCAUGAAUGCACCACCCGAUAAUGUAUCAUUGACGCUGUCACUGGGCAAAAAAUACGAACUGACCUAUGUGAGUCUGCAAUUGUGUCCGAAAUCGGUGAAACCCGAUUCGAUUGCGAUUUAUAAGAGUACGGAUUAUGGCAAGACAUGGCAACCCUUCCAAUUCUACAGUUCACAGUGUCGACGCGUUUACGGGCGUCCAAAUCGUGCCACAAUCACCAAACACACCGAACACGAAGCACGCUGCACCGAUUCACGCGGGCAAGUGGGCGAGGUGACUGGGCUGCAGGGUUCGCGCAUCGCUUUCAGCACAUUGGAAGGACGUCCGUCGGCACGUGAUUUGGAUUCGUCGCAAGUGCUGCAAGAUUGGGUCACCGCCACCGAUGUCAAAGUGGUCUUUCAUCGUCUGCAAAUGCCCGAACCGAAUACGUUGAAUGUUUUGGAGACCAACGGCGCAGAUAUCAAGCCGAAUGGCAAAUAUAGCGAAGCUGCAAGCAAUUCCGUGUUGAUACAACAAUAUGGUACGAAUGUGAUCGAGCCGGCAACCGAUGGUUUGGGCAUACCAGCUGCGGUCACCAUCUCGAACGCUGGGUCGGCGGCGCUCAACGGUGCCGGAGGUCUGGGCCAACAUUAUGCUGUGUCCGAUUUCCUCGUCGGUGGACGCUGCAAGUGCAACGGUCAUGCAUCGAAAUGCUCACCGGAUCGUUACGGUGUGCUCGCCUGCGAGUGCAAACACAAUACAACGGGUCGCGACUGCGAACGCUGCAAGCCAUUCCAUUUCGAUCGGCCGUGGGGUCGCGCAACGGCACGUGACGCCAAUGAAUGCAAAAUCUGCAAUUGCAACAACCACGCUCGACAAUGUCGCUUCAAUAUGGAACUAUUUAAGCUCUCCGGACGUAUCUCUGGCGGAGUUUGUGUAAAUUGUCGGCACUUUACCACUGGACGACACUGUCACUACUGCAAGGAAGGCUACUACCGUGAUCCAACUAAGAAACUGAAUCAUCAUCGUGUAUGCAAACCCUGUGAAUGCCAUCCGAUCGGGUCGUCGGGCAAAACUUGCAACAACACCUCCGGCCAAUGCCCCUGCAAGGACGGUGUGACCGGCCUUACCUGCAAUCGCUGCGCGCGUGGCUAUCAACAGAGCCGUUCACACAUUGCGCCAUGCAUCAAAAUUCCCGCACGCAAAGCGAAUAUGUUGGACACACAGAAUACCGCACCUGAACCAGAUCCACAUGAUACCAAUGCACCUUAUCGCACAGAAGGUGGGAGGGAAUGCGAAAGAUGCAAAAUAAGCACAAAAAGGUUAAACCUCAACAAAUUCUGCAAAAGAGACUACGCAAUAAUGGCGAAAGUGAUUGGCCGCGAAUCGAGUACCGAAGUAACGAGCAGCAGCGAACAAUACACCAAAGAAAAUCAACAAAUGGAUCACGACGACGAAACGGAGGCCAUGGAGGACAACGCACCCGAAACGGUCAAAUACGACAUACAAAUACAGGCGAUCUUCAAGCGUACCCCGCUCGAGUACGCAACAACGAAUACAAUCCUAAAACGGGGUCCUUUGACCUGGAUCAUACCAAUUAAGAAUCUAGAAUGUCGCUGUCCCAGAAUCAAAAUGAAUCGCUCCUAUCUGAUACUGGGCAGAGAUUCGGAAUCGCCACCGGGCUAUCUUGGCAUCGGUCCGCGUUCCAUUGUGAUCGAGUGGAAGGAUGAAUGGUAUAGACGUAUGAAACGCUUCCAGCGACGUGCGCGAACGUGUCAGUAAAGUGAAUUUGGAAAAAGCACAAAAAUUUUAAAAUUGAAAAACAUACACACUUCCACACAAACAUACAUACGUACAUACAUACAUGCGCAUAUUUUAAAUGUAUUUGUAUUUAUAAAAAAAAAUAAUGAUAAUUUCAAAUAGUUUUUAAGGCAAAACUACUUAAAUGCAUUCAAAGUCGAAUAAGCCGAUUAACACACACACAUACAAGCAUACACAUAUAUUUGUACAUACGUAUGUACAUAUGUGCAAGAAAUAUAUACGUAAUUGUAUGCAUCUGAGUGAAUUAAUUUUUAGCUGUGUAAAAAAAAAAUAUUUGUAUUGUAUCUAAAUUAUUCGAAAA